GGCGGAUAAAUCCAAGACUAGGAGAAAAGUUCCUAACGCGUAAGCCUUUCGGUUCAGAAAUCCAAGUUGCGUACAAAUUUGAGCUAUAAAACUUCAUAUUCACCAACGCGUAAGCUUUUCGGUUCAGAAAGAGUGUGUUUUCAAUCUGAAACGAACAAUGCAAACCAUGGGUUUGACUCUGUGCUUGUUACUAUCAGCAGUUUUGUACCAUUCGUGGGCACUGGAGGAGGCUGGUAAUUAUGGCUCGGAGCUGGAGAUGCUGAGUCGGGAGUUGCUGGAAUUGGCCAGAAAGCCCGAGUUCUUUCAAUGGAUGAGAGGGUUGAGGAGAAGAAUCCAUGAGUACCCAGAGCUGGGGUUUGAGGAGCACAGGACGAGUGAACUCAUUAGGGCCGAGCUUGAUUUGCUCGGAGUAGGAUACAAGUGGCCUGUUGCCAAGACUGGGGUGGUGGCUUCUAUUGGGUCUGGGGCUAAACCAGUUUUUGCUCUCAGAGCAGACAUGGAUGCCCUCCCCUUGCAGGAAUUGGUAGACUGGGACCACAAGAGCAAGAUCGAAGGCAAGAUGCAUGCCUGUGGUCAUGAUUCCCAUGUAGCAAUGCUACUUGGAGCAGCUAAGUUACUCCAGGCCAAAAGACAUCAAUUGAAGGGAACUGUGAAACUAGUUUUCCAGCCCGGCGAAGAGGGUUAUGCUGGUGCUUACCACAUGUUGCAAGAUGGCGCUUUAGGUGACAUCGAUGCCAUCUUGAGUAUACAUGUCCUCCCAUCAUUCCCGACCGGUGUCAUUGCUUCAAGGCCUGGUCCAAUGCUUGCAGGUGUUGGGAUCUUCUCAGCAACGAUUCAAGGUAAAGGUGGACAUGCAGCGGGGCCACAUGAGACUAGGGACCCAGUUCUCGCAGCAGCCUUCUCAAUCAUUGCUCUCCAACAGAUUGUAUCUCGAGAGACCGAUCCUCUUCAAGCAAGGGUGGUUACAGUUGGGUCCAUAAAUGGGGGUCGAGCAUGCAAUGUAAUCUCAGACUCUGUGAGGAUCGAGGGAACUUUUAGGAGUUUGAGCACCGAAGGCCUGUCUUUCAUCCAGGAAAGGAUCAAAGAGAUCAUAGAGGCACAAGCAUCAGUGCAUCGAUGCACAGCAACGGUGGACUUCAUGGAGGAUAGACCAAUGCCUUAUCCCGUAAUGGUAAACGAUGAAGCCCUGUAUGAACAUGCAAAGAAGGUUGGUGAAAUCCUGCUUGGGAAACCUAAUGUGCAGCUUCUCCCUGUGACCAUGGGAGCAGAGGAUUUCAGCUUUUUCUCAGAGAAAUCUGCUGCUUCAAUAUUUGUGGUUGGCAUAAAGAAUGAGACUCUGCAAUCAGAUCAACCCUUGCACUCUCCUUACUUUUUUAUUGAUGAAGAGGCUCUUCCAAUAGGGGCAGCAUUUCAUACGGCUGUGGCGAUCUCAUACUUGGAUAACCAUGUUGUUGAUACUCGCAAGAAACAGGUGGUUUUUCCAGCUUCUCAAAAUGAAGAGCUCUAAAAAGCAUCAAUGGUGGAAUGUCAUGUAUUAAAAGAAUGAUAAUAAAACAAUGAUAACUACAGGAAAUGUGUUGUCGUUGUA